CAUACUGACAAGGGAUAAUAGAGUUAAAACAUCUUGAAUGACAUCUCCUCUUGACCCCAUUCAAAGACAGACGAUCCUUCUACAUAGGCCUUGGAUUCACUUGGUUUGUGAGCCAACUGCACAGGUGGACACUGAAGGGUGAGUCCAAAUGUAAAUGGUGUAAGAAUAGACGUAUUUUCUUCUGUGAUACCAGCUAUGCUUGCUAAAGCUACAAUGUCCCCCAUAAACCAAAAACAUUUCCAAGAAAGCUUUGAGGACAAACAUGAAAGGAGGUUGGAAUACCAUGAAGCCUUGCGAAGCCGUCAUAAUGCUACCUCAUGCCGCCAGAACAGUCCAGACUGGGGACGUGACCAAGAGAAGUUGCAAACAUCCCCACGUCAACAGGAAUUGUUCAGGAGGAGACAACUCUACGCUGAGAAUACUGGAGAUAAAUGUAUAAAGUCUCCUCCCAAAUACCACAAAUACAGUAAAUGCUCUCCUGUAAGACUAAGUGUAGAAAACCAGAUCAAAAAGGAAGAAGAAGUGUCACCAAACAAUAAGAUCUCCUGGCAUCAUAAUCACUCCAGUAGCUCCCCUAGAAACCCUGCAGGUUUUCGACCAGAUAUGAUGAAUUAUAGUUUUCAAUGGGAACCUUCAUCCAGAGGGAUAAACACACAGAAUGUAUCAACAAGAGAGAGAGGUGUUCAGACUGUACAGGACCCACCAACACUGUGUAUUAAGAGAGAGUCAAGUCAACAGACAGAUAGCUCAGUGACUGUUUUAAAUGGGGAGUUGCUGGAGCUUUCUGAAUACCUUGAGGAAGCUCUACAGAGAGAGCGGAAACUGAAAAAGAAACUGUGUAUCCUGCAAGAGCUUCUAAGUGUACUUGUUCAAGCAUCUGAUAAAUCUUGGAAGGUCCAAGUGAAUGAAGACAGGCUGAAGUGCAAAGUUUUAAACCUAGAAAAUCAACUGUUUCUUUAUUCUCAGAACAUUCCAAAAACAAGUGUGAAAAAAAUAUUAUUGGAGAUGGAGGAACAGAAAUACAGAUACGAGGAGAAAGCUAACGAAUCUCUUCAGAAAUUAACAGAAGACAAACUGACGACUGAAAGGCAGCUCCACAAAACUCAGAUGUCCCUUGCCGUAUCGGGGGAUGAGUGUGAAUUAUGGAAGGAAGAAUAUGAAAAACUGAAAAAAGAUUGGAGUGACAUCAUCAGUGAAAACUCAGAGCUGAGAAAUGAACUGAAUGUUGUUCAGAGCAAACUGCAGUGGGUAGAAACACAAGACACACAUCUUCAGCAACUUCACGAUCAUCUGCAAAGUCUGGAGAGAGAGAGAAUCGAGCUGAAGUCCCAGAAUGAGAUACUACAUGAGGACAAUGAUCUUCAAAAGCAACAACUUAACUCCAUGGAAGUCAGAUUGAGGAACGCAGAGGAAGAGAAAUUGGAAACUCAGCUAAAGAUACACAAUUUACAAAAUCAAAUGUUAUCCAUGAAUGAGAGAAACACCCACAGCCCUAUCCAAGACAUAAAAAAUGUACAUCGGAGCCACACAUCAAAUGAACAGCCACCAAGUGAACAAUUACUUCUCGUUACAGAAAAACUAACAGCCAAAGAGAAUGAGCUUGCGAAACUGAAAAUAGAGAUGGAGUCACUGGCUCUGGAGUACAAGUCAUGUAAAGACACGCUGCAGCUCUGCCGGGAGAAUCUAAAGGGAAUUCCCAAGCAGAAACCAAAGAGUGGUACGUCUUGCUGGGCCUCGGUUCUGGUACUUUUUGUGGCAGUCCUCACCAUGAUUAUUAUCUCUGCCAACAUGGAAUAUUUGAUAGACUAAGAUCUUGUUACUACCUCAAGAUUUCAUACUGACUGAAUCGGCUGUUUGAGUGUUUGUAGUUGUUUCUUUUAUAAUAUAUCUAAGUUUGAUACAAAAUAACAAAAACACAAAAAAUAUAUAUUUUAUG